AUGGUUACAAAGAAACGGAGCUUGGAGUAUGAAACGUUUAAGGUGCCCCAUAAUUGCAGCGCAAUUAUGACAAAUGAGUCAAUCACUAAGAGAGAAGAUCCUGGGGCAUUCACAAUCCCGUGCACAAUUGGCAUCCUCAAAUUCGCUAAAGCUUUGUACGAUUUAGGAUCAAGUAUUAACUUGAUGCCCUAUGCAAUAUACAAGCAACUUGGUUUGGGUGAACCAAAGGCAACCACAAUGAGACUCAUUAUGGCUGAUCGAUCAAUCAAGCACCCAGUGGGGAUACUCUAUGAGAUAUUGGUAAAAGUAGAUCGGUUAAUCUUUUCGGAUGAUUUUGUGAUUCCAGAUUGUGAGAUCGAUGAUGAAAUCCCCAUUAUUUUGCGAAGGCCAUUCUUAGCUACCGGGAGAGCAUUGGUGGAUGUCGAAAGUGGGAAAUUGAAGUUCCGUGUGAACGAUGAUGAGGUGACCUUCAAUAUCUGUAAAUCCUUGAAGCAACCAAGUAAUAUACAUGUGUUGUCUACUGAGGAUGUUAUAGAUGAGCCAGUGGCAAGUGUGAGCCAUUUAAUGCGCAAGAAUGAACCCCUUGAAUUUGUACUUGCCAAUUAUGAUGAAUCCAAACUUCAAGGCUAUGAGAAAGUGGCAGCUGCCUUAUCAGGGUUAAGAGUAUAUUUAAGAAAUCCAAUCAAGUUGGAUAUCGACCUGAAAAAUAGAGAAAGUCCUCCUUCAAAGUCAUCAACAGAAGAACCACUAAAUCUGGAGUUAAAAGCCAUACCCUCUCAUCUCAAAUAUGCCUUCUUAGGAGCCAAUAAUACUUUACCCGUGAUUAUCACAGCCGAUUUGCUUGAAAGGCAGGUGAAAUUGCUCAUUGAAGUAUUGCGGAAGCAUAUAAAAGCUAUUGGAUGGACAAUAGCCGAUAUAGUAGGAAUCCCUCCUCGCAUCUGUACUCACAAGAUUCGGCUCGACAGUGAAUGUAAACCUAGCGUGGAGCAUUAA